AUGGGUUGUGAUGAGAACUUGAAGCAACUGUGUCAGCUGGAGUUGGAGGAGGAUGUAGUUGAAGGGGAGAUAGGGAAAAUUUCUGAGUGUGGGGAGGCUACUGAAGGGGAAGGUUCUGAGUGUGGGGAGGCUACUGAAGAGGGGAACAUUGGGGAUGAAUCUAUGGAGGAUGAUAACCCUCUGAUCUCAAUUAAUGACAUUAUUGGCUUGACUACUAAGAUAAAAUCAGUAAUGGUGGAUGUGGCUGAAAUGUGUGAUGCCAUGUGUACUGCCACAACAUUCACUACUGAUGUACUGCUACUUCCUGUGGGUAACUGUGACAUGGUGCUAAGGGUUCAAUGGCCUGAAACUCUAGGUGAUAUACAAUGGAAUUUCAAGAAUCUUACUACGGAUUUCAUGCUUGAAGGGACGAGAUAUGAGCUGGGUAGGGGUCAGAAAGAGCAGAGGAUCUCUACUGUGUCAGAAAACGAACUUCUAACUCAGUGCAAUGGUGCUCUUGCCAACCAGCAAUCAACCUCAUCUCUGAGCACGGAUAAAACUGAGAUUUCUGUUGUAAAUGAAGAACUAAAUGGGCUUGCUACAACAUGGGAUGUAUCGAGACUGGUAACAGAAUUGACAGAAACUUUUACACACUUGUCCGAAAGACUUUCUGGCUUUCUUAGUGAAAGUCAAUCAAAAAUCAUGUCAGCGAAUUUUUUUGACCAAGUAUCAGAUCUUUUGGAGGGCUCAUUUAUAUAUUACUGUUUUAGUGAAGUAAGGAAUAACCUUUUAAGUUUGCUGGAGAGGAGGCAAAAAUCUGGUGUUGCUAGCCAGAUUAGGGAUCUAAGUCAAAAUUUGGUUGAUAUCAUUGAUGAAGCUCAGCGUUCAGUUUCGCCUCCACUUUUUGAUCUUUCAGAGCGUCUAAGAACAACUUUACAAGAUCUCAAGAAUCAGUUGGACUUGAUUGUCCAAUAUGACUGGGACUUCAAUCAUGACCUGGAAGAGGAUGUUUCCGCUGCGAUGGAAUACAUCAGGGCCCAAAGCAAACCAAAGGAUGGCCGGAUACUUGCUAUUGGUCACUCCAUGGGGGGAAUUUUACUAUAUGCCAUGCUAGCACGUUACAGUUCGGAAGGAAGAGAUCCUGGAUUAGCUGCCGUGGUGACAUUAGCCUCAUCACUUGACUACACAUCAUCUAAAUCAUCUCUCAAACUGCUUAUUCCUCUUGCUGAUCCUGCUCAGGCUCUGAAUGUGCCUGUUGUUCCUCUAGGCGCGUUACUAUCUGCAGCUUAUCCUCUCACGUCUAGUCCGCCUUAUGUCUUGUCAUGGACGAAUGACUUGAUAUCAGCCCAGGACAUGAUGCACCCUGAGCUGUUAAAGAAGCUCGUUAUCGAAUUCGGGAAUCGUAUGAAUGGGGGAAUCGAACAAGCUCUGCAUAAGAUUGAAGAACCAAAGCAUCGUACUGAGCGUGUCUUUCGGGUUUUCAAAGGAAUGUUUCAACCUUCUGUUGUAGGAAAUAUUCAGAUACCAAACCUUGAGGACAAGGUUAUUUGA